AGGACUCCCAUCAACUACCUACUGGGCAACCUGGCGGUCUCUGACAUCGUGUUUGCGCUUUUCAUAGCACCAAAUCAUGUUUUGAAAAAAUCGUUCAAUCAUCCAGACAACACCAUUGGACUAGUCUUGUGUAAGGUUCUCACUGGCGGUAAUGUGGCAUGGAUUGGAGUAGCAUCGUCGGCUUUGACCCUCGUUGUCAUAUCAGUUGAACGUUUCUAUACUGUCACGAGUCCUGUUAGUAGCAAUGCAAAACUAACCAUGCGGAAAGUAAAGGUGCGUCAACACAAUUUUAUGUGACAAAGCAGCAUAAAAAUACAGUUUUGGUUUCCUAUUUGUCUAUCUAAUUUGUGCCUAAACCACGUAGUUAAUGAAAUGCUUCUAGUCUUGAUGAGAAUGCAGCUUUCUAACAGUAGUCUGUGGAUUAAUUUCAGACGAUUAUUCCCGCUUGUUGGAGCAUUGGAGCACUUUUCAGUAUACCAAUCUUCCUGGUUACGACUUAUGAUAAAACAACUGGCAAAUGUAAGUGGAAUUGGCACGAGCAGUGGAUGGGUGCAGUGUACGACACCAUCUGGCUGGUACUGUUGGCUCUAAUUCCUCUGUUAGUGAUGACUGGUUUAUAUUCAAAAGUUGUUUACAUGUUGUGGUUCAAACGAAACGAAGAAAAUGAACUCGCCUUUCAACAGAAGGUAGGACUCUGAACUAAAUGGAUCUAAUGUUAAUUUUUACUCUUUGCCGUGUUAAUGUAAGUUAACAGAGUUAUUGUUCUGAGGUGCGAGGUUACUCUUUGGUGAGCAUGUAAUUAAUUGACACCAGCUUGUUAAAAUGCAAAACUGGACAUGAUUUACACCGCGAGGCAAGAAAUUAAUCCUAAAGGCAGCCGGGAAAGGCUCAUCAUCGCUGCAACCGAAUGGUUAUGACAACUAGGUAGGUUUGGCAAAGUUUGUUUUGAUCCUAAGGAUCUCCCUGGGGCUUAAAUUCCUGCCAGCCCGUAAGUCAUCGCACUUUGAGUUUUAUUCUUGCUUUCUUUUUUGCAGGGAGUCCUUAAGGUGAGGAAGCGUGUAACAUUGAGUGUGAUUACUGUCAGCGCCAUAUUUGGAGCUUGUUGGAUCACAGGAUUGCUGGUUUACAUCCUAAGCCACCUUGACAUCUUCAUAUUUGGCUCAGUCUCAUACGUCGUUUCUGACACUUUGUUCAUGUUCAACUCUGCUAUCAACCCUUACAUUUAUGCUCUGCUGAAUGAGCGUUUUAUGCAAAAGCUCAAGUUAUUGUGCUCUGCUAACCGCACUCCUUGGGUAUAUAAUUCAAGCUAG